CCCGGCGGGCGCAGCCGGCGCAGGCGGCGCAGGCGCAGUGGGGCCGGCGUGCAGCAUGGCGGCGCUGCGCUGGGGUCUCGGGGCGGCGGGGCUCGGCCGAGCCCUGCGGCCUGGGGGCCGCCACGGGGUCUCCUCGGACGAAGGGACCGUCCGCCGCCUGUGGAGACGCGGCGGCAGCUCGUCCGCCCGCGCCUGCGAGCAGGAGCCCCGCAAAGACUGGGGCCACGCGGAGCUGCUGGAGGUGCUGGAGGCCCGAGAGCGGCAGCUGCAGGAGCGGCACCCCGAGGGCCCCGAGGAGGAUGUGGCGGUGCUCGGCGGGCGCUGGGCACAGAAGGUGGCGUCAGAGCGGCACCUCGUGCGGUGGCAGCAGCAGCAGCAGCAGGAGCAGGAGCCGGUGUGCCUGCUGUCCUCGGCUGCCCGGCUACGCCUCCGGCCACGGCUGCAGGACCAGGCGCUGUCGCAGGGGCUGGCGAGACUCGUGGAGGAGCCCGCUGGGCCCUGGGAGGAGCAGCUGGAGUACCUGCUGCGGAGGGCACCGCAGAGGCAGGCGGCGGGGGCGCAGGGGCCCGAGCGGGCCACACAGCGGCCGAAGGGGAAUGCGCUGCAGCAGCGCCUGCUGGGCUUCCUGGAGUGCUGCCAGCUGUCAGGCCACCAGGCCCUGGCCCACCACGUCCUGGAGUCGCAACACAGCAGGUUCCGCCAGCCGCCCUUGAUCACGCUGCCCAUGUACAACAUCGUUCUGCGCGGCUGGGCCCGCAAGGGCUCCUUCAGGGAGCUGCUGUACGUCUUCUACAUGCUCAGGGACUCGGGCCUCACUCCAGACCUGGCCUCCUACGCCGCCGUGCUGCAGUGCCUGGGGAGGCUGGACAGGGGCGCCGGCUCUGUGCGCAGGUGCCUGAAGCAGAUGGAGCAGGAUGGGUUGCAGCUGCAGGACCUCUUCUCCCAGCCGGCCCUAGAGGACAGGGAGCGGCAGGCCAUCCUGAGCGCCGUGCGCAAGGCCCUCCCGGACUUCCGCCCCCUGCCCCCGCCCCAGGCCCCGCUGGGCCGCUGCAGUGCCCAGCUGCUAGCUGACUUCUAUGCUGGGGACCAGCCCGCCCACUACCCGCGACUGCACCUGUCCCAGAAUGCUCUGCACAAGCUGUUCCAGGAGCAGCUGCGGGUGGAGAUGGCCACCAUCGUGCAGGUGCCGUCGGUGGACAGGUCCCCGGAGGAUACGCCCCAGCUUCACCGGGCGCGGAAUAUGCUGAAUGCGCUGCGCCAGCAGUGGGAGGAGGCGCUGUUGCAGGGGCUGCGCGAGGCCAAGGUGGUGCAGGCGCAGAUGGCGUCCGAGGGGAACCCCUCCGUGUACCCACACCUGUGUCUGCUGAGCGAGGACGAGCUGGUGCAGUUGCUGCUGCAGAGGCUGCACGCACUGUCCCCCCACGGGGACUCGCUGCUGUCGGUGGCACAGGAGCUGGGCAUGCGCGUGUUCACGCGGUUCACGGUGCAGCGCCAGCAGCUCAGCCGUCGGGUGCAGGAGCUGGAGCAGCGCUACCACAGCUACCUGCGCCUGCUGGCGGCCGAUGGGAAGGUGAAGCAGCCGCAGCUGCCUCGCCAGUUCUGGGAGUCGCUGGGCCCCUCGGAGCCGUGGCCGGAGCAGCCGUGGCCCGUGUCGGUGCUGGUGCAGUUGGGCAAGGUGCUGGCCGAAGUGCUGGUGCAGGCCGUGCACAUGCCCCACCACCUCAUCUCGCCCGGCGGGGCGGCGCGCAGCGUCCCGGUGCUGUACCACGCCUACGCCUUCCGCAGCUUCCGACAGAUUGGCGUCCUGAAGCCGCACCCCGCCUUCGUCGAGCUGCUUGAAGUGGCGGCCGAGCGCACGCUGACCUUCGACGCCAACCAGGUACCCAUGCGGUGCCCGCCCCUGCCCUGGCUGUCGCCGCACAUGGGUGGCUACCUGCUGAGCACCACGAAGCUCAUGCGCUCGGUGGAGACCACCACACAGCACCAGCACCUGCUGGCCGCCUGCGCCCCGGGCGAGCUGCACGGCGCGCUGGACACGCUCACCCAGCUGGGCAACUGCGCCUGGCGCGUCAACGGCCCCGUGCUCGACCUGGUGCUGGCGCUCUUCCAAGACCAAGGCUGCCCGAAGCUCGGCGUGCCCGCGCCCGUCCCCAGGGCACCGCACGCCUGCUUCCCGCGCCUGCCGCCCGGCACGCCACCCGCCCACAAAGCCAAGCUGCGGUCUGAGCUGGCGCGGGCGCUGAAGCUGGCCCGGGAGCAGCACGGCUUGCGGGCGGAUGCGCUCUACCGCCUGUCGGUGGCGCAGCACCUGCGAGACCACACCUUCUGGCUCCCGCACAACAUGGACUUCCGCGGCCGCACCUACCCCUGCCCGCCGCACUUCAACCACCUGGGCAGCGACCUGGCACGCGCACUGCUGCAGUUCGCCCAGGGCCGACCCCUGGGCGCCCGCGGGCUGGACUGGCUCAAGAUCCACCUGGUCAACCUCACCGGGCUCAAGAAGCGCGAGUCGCUGCGCGGCCGGCUGGCCUUUGCUGACACCAUCCUGGACCUGGUCCUGGACUCGGCUGACCGCCCCAUGAAGGGCCAGAAGUGGUGGAUGGAGGCCGAGGAGCCCUGGCAGACGCUGGCCUGCUGCAUGGAGAUUGCGAGUGCCCUGCGCUCCCCUGACCCCGCUGCCUAUGUCUCCCACUUCCCCGUCCACCAGGACGGCUCCUGUAAUGGCCUGCAGCACUACGCCGCCCUGGGCCGGGACGCCGUGGGCGGGGCCGCCGUCAACCUGGUGCCCGCGGAGUUGCCUCAGGACGUGUACAGCGAGGUGGCGGCCCAGGUGGAGGUGUUGCGGAAGAGGGAUGCGGAGCGGGGCCUGCAGGUGGCCCAGAAGCUCGAAGGCUUCAUCAGCCGCAAGGUGGUCAAGCAGACGGUGAUGACCGUGGUCUACGGAGUCACACGCUAUGGCGGCCGUCUGCAGAUCGAGAAGCGUCUGCGCGAGCUGGAGGCCUUCCCGCAGGAGUCUGUGUGGGAGGCCUCGCACUAUCUGGCCUGCAAGGUGUUCAGCAGCCUCCAGGAGAUGUUCUGCAGCUCCCGCGCCAUCCAGAACUGGCUCACCCAGGCCGCUACGCUCAUCUCCAGGUCGGGCUCGCCCGUGCAGUGGGUCACCCCCCUGGGGGUACCGGUCAUCCAGCCCUACCACGUGGACUCCAAGAUCAUGGUCACCGGUGGCAUGCAGACCCUCACCAUCAGCAGCUCUGGAGACAUGAGCCAGAAGCCCAACACGAUGAAGCAGAAGAACGGCUUUCCCCCCAACUUCAUCCACUCGCUGGACUCUUCCCACAUGAUGCUUACAGCCCUGCAUUGCUACAGGAAGGGCCUCAACUUCGUCUCUGUGCAUGACUGCUUCUGGACACACGCGGCGGAUGUGGAGGUCAUGAAUGAGGUGUGCCGCGAGCAGUUCGUCCGCCUGCACAGCCAGCCCAUUCUGCGGGACCUGGCGGCCUUCCUGCAGCGACGCUUUUGUUCCGAGCCCUGGACCGACUGCAAACCCACCCAGAUCGGUCAGCGCGCCAAGCUGCAGAGGAUCCUGCAGGCCGUGCCCGAGACAGGUUCCCUGGACCUGGAGCAAGUGAAACGCUCCACCUACUUCUUCAGCUGAAGUCCCAUGCCAAUAAAGCCUUUGUCACCCGCUGUCACCCUUGGGAGCCGCACCUCCCACAGGGAGCGGGAGCGGGAA